CGGGCGGCGGGGCCGGCGGGCGGCGGUGUCCGGGCUGAGGCUGCAUGGGCUGGUUUCCAUAUGCAUGGAUAUCACCUGAAUCUUCUUACCAGAGCUUAAAUUGUGUGUAAACUUACCUAACCAUGAGUGGCUCCAAACCCGAUAUCCUGUGGGCCCCACACCACGUUGACAGAUUUGUUGUGUGCGAUUCAGAGCUGAGCCUUUAUCACAUCGACUCUGCUGUAAGUUCAGAACUCAAGGCAGGGUCCUUGCGGUUGUCAGAAGAAACCACAGCUACACUACUGUCAAUAAAUUCGGAUACACCGUACAUGAAAUGUGUGGCGUGGUAUCCCAAGUAUGAUCCUGAAUGUCUCCUUGCUGUUGGACAGGCCAAUGGUCGAGUGGUACUCACCAGYCUUGGUCAAGAUCACAACUCGAAAUCGAAAGAUUUGAUAGGCAAAGAGUUUGUUCCCAAACACGCCCGGCAAUGCAACACCCUCGCAUGGAACCCACUGGAUAGCAAUUGGCUUGCUGCUGGGUUAGAUAAACAUCGGGCUGACUUUUCAGURCUGAUUUGGGAUAUCAGCAGCAAAUAUGCCCCAGAGACUGCAGUUGCUACAGAGAAAGUAAGGCUUUCAGCAGGAGAUGCGGAUGCAGGUCUUGURGUAACAAAACCUCUGUAUGAAUUAGGACAGAAUGAUGCUUGUCUCUCCCUCUGUUGGCUUCCACGGGAUCAGAAGCUGCUGUUAGCUGGAAUGCAUCGAAAUCUGGCUAUCUUUGAUCUGAGGAACACRAGCCAAAAAAUAUUUGUGAACACCAAGGCUGUCCAAGGAGUGACUGUUGAUCCCUAUUUCCACGAUCGUGUAGCUUCCUUCUAUGAAGGUCAAGUUGCCAUAUGGGAUUUAAGAAAGUUUGAAAAGCCUGUUUUGACCUUGACAGAGCAACCAAAACCAUUAACAAAAGUUGCAUGGUGUCCAACAAGGACUGGACUGUUAGCUACUUUAACAAGGGAUAGUAAUAUCAUUAGACUGUAUGACAUGCAGCAUACUCCCACCCCUAUUGGAGAUGAAACUGAGCCGACAAUAAUUGAAAGAAGUGUCCAACCGUGUGAAAAUUACAUUGCUUCAUUUGCCUGGCAUCCCACAAGUCAAAAUCGAAUGGUAGUAGUGACUCCCAACAGGACUAUGUCUGACUUCACAGUUUUUGAAAGAAUUUCUCUUGCAUGGAGCCCAGUGACAUCCUUAAUGUGGGCUUGUGGACGACAUUUGUAUGAGUGUACAGAAGAAGGAAAGGCUAGUUCCUUGGAAAAAGACAUAGCAACCAAAAUGCGGCUCAGAGCUCUGUCAAGGUAUGGUCUUGAUACUGAACAAGUUUGGAGAAAUCACCUCCUAGCUGGAAAUGAAGAUCCUCAGCUGAAAUCGCUUUGGUACACUCUGCAUUUUAUGAAGCAGUAUACUGAAGAUAUGGACCAAAAACUAACAGGAAACAAAGGUCCCUUAGUUUAUGCUGGCAUUAAAUCAAUUGUGAAGUCAUCUUUGGGAACAACAGAGAACCUCAGGCACAGUAGGAGUGGAUCUGAUAGACAGGCAGAUAUUAUUCAGUAUCUGAGUGAGGAGAGAUCUUUGGCUUUGCAGCUCUGUGGGUGGAUAAAGAAGGGAACAGAUUUAGAUGUGGAACCUUUCCUAAAUUCAUUGGAACAGGAAGGAGACUGGGAGCGAGCUGCUGCUGUAGCUCUUUUCAACUUGGACAUAAGGCGAGCAAUACAAAUUCUGAAUAAAGGGGCUUCCUCAGGAAAAGGUGAUCUGAACCUUAAUGUAGUAGCGAUGGCUCUAUCAGGCUACACAGAUGAGAAGAACUCRCUUUGGAGAGAAAUGUGCAGUACUCUAAGGCUGCAGUUGAACAAUCCCUACUUGUGUGCUAUGUUUGCUUUCCUGACGAGUGAGUCUGGUUCAUAUGAUGGUGUUUUGUAUGAAAAUAACGUAGCUGUACGAGACAGAGUGGCAUUUGCUUGUAAGUUCCUCAAUGAUACUCAGCUCAACAGAUUCAUUGAAAAGCUGACAAAUGAAAUGAAAGAGGCUGGGAAUUUGGAGGGAAUACUGUUAACAGGGCUGACAAAAGAUGGAGUUGACUUGAUGGAAAGUUAUGUUGACAGAACUGGAGAUGUCCAGACAGCAAGCUAUUGCAUGCUGCAGGGUUCUCCAUCAGAGGUACUUAAAGAUGAAAGGGUUCAGUACUGGAUUGAGAACUACAGGAAUCUUUUAGAUGCUUGGAGGUUUUGGCAUAAACGUGCAGAAUUUGAUAUCCACAGGAGUAAGCUGGAUCCCAGCUCAAAACCUUUAGCCCAGGUGUUUGUGAGUUGCAAUUUCUGUGGAAAAUCAAUCUCUUACAGCUGUUCAGCUAUACCUCAUCAGGGGCGAGGCUUUAGCCAAUAUGGAGUCAGCGGUUCACCAACCAAGUCAAAAGUUACGAGCUGUCCUGGUUGCCGUAAGCCCCUUCCCCGCUGUGCACUUUGCUUGAUAAAUAUGGGAACACCAGUUUCCAGCUGUCCAGGAGGAUCCAAGUCAGAUGAAAAAGUGGAUCUUAGCAAAGACAAGAAGUUAGCCCAGUUCAACAACUGGUUUACUUGGUGUCACAACUGCAGGCAUGGCGGACAUGCUGGGCAUAUGCUGAGCUGGUUCAGGGACCAUACUGAGUGCCCAGUUUCUGCCUGCUCUUGUAAGUGUAUGCAGCUGGAUACAACAGGGAAUCUCGUUCCAGCAGAGACUGUCCAGGCAUAAAUACUGUUAGAAAAUGUGUGGCUCUCUAAUGGAUGACCAUCAUAGUCAAAGCAUAUAUUUUAGGCAAAGGUAAUUUGUGACUUACUGUGAAAAAAAAAAUUGCAAUCAAAUGAUGUGUGUAUGACUGUGCUUGGUGGAAGCAGGUGUUCCUGAAGUUAGCCUCUAGGUACAGUGUGUGGCCUUUAUGCAGAGGACUGAAAAAAGUUGAGUUUAUGUGCUGUGAAAGCAGAUCUUGAAAAUAYACACUUGCUAAGUGUCCUUCAGAAGAUGGCAAAGUGAUGCUGUGAAUCCCUCUGUUCAUUGUUUGAUCACACUCUCUUGUAUGCAAAUGAUCGUUUCCUUGUACGUUUGUUCAAAGUGCCACUGUUCACUGUAUUCUAAGGAUUUUUAUUUUAAAGAAAAAUCCAUUUCUUUCCGUUCACAGGUUUUGUUGAAAGUAAAGCAGUGUCUUUGCAAUUCAAAAUCUUACUUAAAUUAGCCAACAUACCUAGCUGACAUGAAUUUUAAUGUUAGAGUUUGGGGGUUUUCUCUCCUAGCGAUGACUGUAUCCUAGAGAAGAGUUCCCUGAGAAGUCAUGUGACUGUUUCAGUGCAGAGUGCGGGUAAACUAUAGAAGGUUGUAUCUGAUAAAUUUUUAACUUAGUACUGUGAAGAUCUCAAGGACUGGAGACUUGUAAAUAUGUAAGUUUUAAACUAAAUGCAGAGUUUUGGCUACAAACAAAUUUGAAGACUUUGAGAUAAUCRGCAUUUCCCUGUACUUCUGAAAUAUACUGGGAAGUGUGGAAAUCAACCAAUUUAAAUCCUGCUUCUGGUUACUAGCAGACACCCAUCUGCUCCCAAAAGGCUUUGCAAUUUUAAGUAAUUGAUCUGAGUACUUCUAGAUAUGUUACCAGCUGGAAUUAAAAYUAUUUAUUAACUUGAGAGAACAUCAAUGAUAUUUUGCUAAUACAUUGCUAGGAGCUUAUUGGUAUUGUUGUCCUUGAUUUUGUAGGCAACAAAAUUCACUCAAAUUAGGGAAAAAACCAAACCUGUUUUAAGGUAUGUGAUAAUAACAUCAGUUUACUUGGUGUGUGUUUAUUUACAGGAUAUGAGUUACUCAACACUUGUGUGCUAUGAAAUACUAAAUGGAAUGCUAGCAAUAAACUGGUACUGUUUGCCAGGACUGUGAAAAUUGGUGUUUUAAAAGAGAAUAUAUUGUAAUAUACCACUAGUUCUAUGUGCUCUAAUAGUAGUUUCAAGAAGAUACAAUGUGGAAACAUUUUCUGUGGAUGUACAAGUUUACAUUCAGGACUUUGGGUUAUAUUUAGCGUUMAUGUUGUAAUACAUCUGCUGCAUUUAUUUUGAUCUAGAAUUGGCAAAGAUCUUUUUUUAAGUUAAAAAUCUGAGAGUUACUUGGCAUUUCUAGGCAUGGGAGAGCAGUUCCUUUUUUGUUAGAAUAUUUAUUUCUCUUUCCAGUAUUUUUGCACACUUCAUGUUGCUGUUGAAGAGCUCUACAAAAUGUUCUCCAUUUAUAAAUGUAAACUGGGGCUUACUGUAUGAUACCCUAUUUAUAUAAAUACWGGCAAUAAAGCUUUUGCUUUAUGGAAAUGAG